ACAUUUUUCUAAAAGGAUGGAUACAUUAUUAUCAUCAUCAUCUUCAUCAUUAUCAUCAUUUAACAAUGAUAAUCAAAUCAAUCAACAACAAAUUCAAUUGAACAAUGAGAAUAUGAGUUUUAAAAAAUUAAAAAAAUGUCCAUUACGUGUACAGCAUUCUAUAUUGAUUGCAGAAUCGGCAACAAAAUCGUUAUUAUCAUUUCCUAAACGAGCAUUUACAACUAAAUAUUUUCGAUCAAAGCGAUUGUCAUCGUCAUCAAUGAAUGUAAGAAAAAAAUUAGUUAUAGUCGGUGAUUGCGGUGUUGGUAAAACUUGUCUAUUAUUUAACGGCUUGUUAAGUAAAUCUUCAUCUUCGCUGCAAAUUAAUAGCGAUGAACAGAAUAAAUAUUUUCUUGAAAAUUAUUGUCCAACCGUAUUGGUAACCACUCUUCAUACUUUGAAUCAUAAUGGUCGAGAGAUGGAAGUAGCAUUAUGGGAUACGGCUGGUAGUGAAGAAUUAAGCCGUUUGCGGCCAUUUUCAUAUAAAAAUUGUAAUGUUAUAUUGUUAUGUUUUGCUAUUGAUUCAAUCGGUUCAUUUUUGAAUGUCAAACGAAAAUGGGCACCUGAAUUGAAUCAUUAUUGCCCAGAAGCUUCAAUUAUUUUGGUAGGUACAAAAAAAGAUCUCUUAUAUCAGACAAUCACACAGAAUGAUAAACAACAACAACAACAACACCGAUCAAAUAUUGAAACAUCUUAUGAUCAAAGGGCAUUCAUGGCUGAUAAUAUUGGUGCAGUUGGUUAUUGUGAAUGUUCAGCUAAAACUGGUGAUGGUAUCGACAAAUUGAUUGAAGCUAUUAUUGAAACAGCAUUUAAACCUGAAGACGAUUUUCAAUCAACAGUAGAUUAUGGUACCGAACAACAACAACAACAAAAUUUCAAUAACCAAAAUGAAAAUUAUAACAACAACAACAACAACAUUAACAACAAUACCGAUAACAACAAC